GCAUGUCCAUAGUUACAUAUAUUACCCUUUAGGCACCGACCGUAUUUUGCAUAUUACAUUAUCGCUUUACAACUACAAAGUAAACAAUUGUUGUUGGGUAUUGGUAAUUUUUAUUGCCUUUAAAGUUUUUCUGCAUAUUGUAUGAUUUCCUUUCAGCUUGCUGUGACCCAACUACGUACUUACAUAUGUAUAUUACCUGGGUACAUUUGUAUGUAUUUAUAAAAUGUGCGCAAGCAAUAAAGCCGCAAAAGCCGGCAAUUCACGGUGCAAAAUGCACUUUAACUCAAAGUAAAAUAAAUAUGUACAAUGUGUAUGUAUGAGUGAGGUUUGUAUAUGCACUUUUGUUGAUGUAAAUAUAUGCACCUAUUUAUAUGUAUGUAUGCAUGACUUUAUUUGUGUUGGCCAUUCAUGUGAUCCAACUGCCUACCAACUAUUGUUCUACCACUGCCUACUCCACACUUAGCUUUGUACAUUUCCUAUUUGCAUGCACCUUCUUCACCAAAACUCCACAAUUCUCAAUUCCUACAACAAUAAAAGCAACAAUAACAUUUACCUGUACUUAUCCACUGACUUUGUUUUUGCCAGCUUCUGUUUUUGCUAUUCUUUUGUGUUUUCCCCCACACCAACGAGCUGUUGACGCUCUCUCUCGUGCUGUGCGCUCUCAGCACAACUGCCAUGGACUGCGCAGUCGACGUCAGCGCUUUAUUGGGGCUUAUAUUAGUGUGUUGCCGCUAUAGGCUCCCUUCCAUCGCGCACACAACAACUUUUUAUUGGCACUCGCUGUUUGUUGUUGGCGUACGCUUGUAGUAACAGUCGCGCUGCUUGCUGCUCUGCCGACUGCUGUCUACUGUCUGCUGCUUGGCCACUCAUAUCAUUUUCGUACAUAUUUUUGCUGUUUUUAGUCAUGUGAACGCAUUCAAAUCGCCGCAGUCGUGUGCGAGAGUAGCGUCUGAGCGUACGAAGACUUUAUUCGCCAAAAAUAUUUGCAAUUAUUUACCUAUAGAAGUGACAUAUUGUUGGCGGCGCGUAUUAUGACAGCGUGUGUGUAAAAAGUGCAGAAAAAACGCAACAGAAUACAAAAAUAUUAUUGGCAACAAGUAAGAAAUAUUUGCAAAUUCAGUUUGUUAAAAAAAAUAGAAUAAAAUAAAAUAAAAUGUGUGCGAAAAUAUUUUGAGCGUUUAACCAAGUGGCGUUGAGUGACCAAACGGAAUGUGUGCUGAUGAAAAAUAAUUCAUUAAUAAUAAAAGUGUGGCAAAAAGGUGCAAAAAAAUUAGAAAAAAACAACAAAAAUAUAGUUAAAAUGUUGAAACAAAAAAAUUUUGCAAAAAAAUAAAAAAAUCAAAAUAAAAUAGCAUUAUAAACAAUACAAAAGAUAUCAUUGUGACAGUUUCACGUGAUUGUCAUUAAAUCGCGCGCUCGUCUGCACUGCUCGCGCACCUUUGCGGCUUGCCUACACAUUUGACCGCAAGUAAUUUAUGGUAUUUUAUGGUGCGAAAGUGCAAAAAAUGUAAAAAAAGCAAAGCAUAAAAAAUAAGUAAAAAAAUUAUAAUAAUAAUUAAGAGAAAAAGUUGAAAAACAGCAAACUCAACAAUAAAGUGUGCGCAAUCGACGUUUGAUAAGAAAGGCAAUAAAUAAUGAAAAUACAAAAAAAUAAAUAAUAAACGGCAUUCAACUGCUAAAAACUCGCUUUUUACGCUUACGUGUAACGUAAAAGUAAUUAAAAACGGAAACGUAAAUUUUUCGUUGCUCGCGCUUGAAGUGCGGCGAGUGAGUAGUUCUAGUGCUUGUGAUUUUGUGGAAAUUUUUCUUCUUCUACUUUUAUUUUUUACCUUCGCUAUUUAACUAUCAAUUGACAGAUCUGCGCUCUGGCUGCCUGAUAGCGCUGUGUGCUUUACCAAAAAGUCAAUCGGCCAGUUAGUCAGUCAAUCACCUGCGUACGGCAAUCAAUUCUUUAGUCACCAGUUUGGUAUUUAUUUACUUAAUGCUGCUGUUGACCUGCGUUGACAAAGUGAAGCCAUUGAAGUUAUUGUGUAAUAGUAGAGUGUGUGCCCAAGUGUACUGGUAGCAGUGUAUUAAAUAACGUCAAAUACAAGAAGAAGUAAUAGCAGACGCAGCAAUAAAAGUCUUCAGUUGUCUACCGUUUGGACCCAACCCAAUCCUACUGCUGGCGCACAAAGCUCGAGACGAAAUGACUAAAUAAGACUGAAAAGCAAAUGAAUAAAACGACAACGCUGAAAAAGUAAGCGUGAAGAACCGUGUGACCAGGCGGAGUAAUCAAAUCACAGAGACGACGACAACGACGGCGAAUGGAUAAAUUCAACAAACGAUUAAACCGCGAGUAAAAAGUUAAUAGACGAGUUGGUAAUUACGCAUGCGCGCCGGUCUGUGGCGUGUGGGUAAGCUGUUGCGGCAAACGUGCGGUGAAAAAGUGGACAAACCAGCAAAACUUGCCAAUCACACAAAAAUAACAACAAAACAGCAACAAAAAAGCGCAGAAAAAAUUUAAUUAAAAGCAAAUUCUAUGCGCUGCAAGAGAUAGAUUAACAAAGCGUACAACAGCAAGAACAACAACACAAAAGCCAACUAUGCGCUGAACACAAAAAAAAAACAUGAAAAAGUUGAUCUUUCUUUUUUAACGCCACACACACGCGCAUGCAUACAUAUACACAUCCGCACUUACUAACUCAACACACAAGCAAGCAAAAAUUUACAUAUCAACGCCACAGCGCGCGCUUCCAAAGCGAACGUCAAACGUUAAAUAAGAUAACCAAUAAUAAAUAAAUACACCGCGACAAACAUGGUCAAGGGCAUUUUGGUGAACCGCAAAGCGGAUGACGCGCACAAGGCGCAGCUGAAAAUGGAGCACGCCGACCUCGUCGCCGAGAUGCAAACGGUGGAAAAUCUGCCGACGCACGAGCGCCUGCAGCUGGCGCGACUCCGCCGCACACAACAGCUUAAGGUCGCGCGUCAAAAGGAGAAGGAGUGGCUGAAAUUGCAACGCGCCAAAGGUAAUGCGACCUCAGCGCUCAGCGGCAGUCACACCACACAUCACUUUCGCUCGAACUCGGGCAGCGCCAGUCGCCACAUAUCCUUCGAGAGCAGCGUUGUGCUGCUGGAGGCUGCCAGCCGCAAUGAUAUGCACGAAGUGGCCGAGCUGCUGGAGCGUGGCAUUACGCCGGAUGCGGCGAAUGAGGACGGCCUGACGGCGCUACAUCAAUGUUGCAUCGAUAAUAAUGUUGAAAUGUUGCGCCUGCUGUUGGAGUAUGGCGCGAAUGUGGACGCGCAGGAUAGUGAUAAAUGGACGCCAUUGCAUGCGGCAGCCACAUGCGGACACUUGGAGCUGGUACGCAUACUUAUCGAUCAUGGUGCGAAUUUGUUGGCGGUGAAUACGGAUGGUAAUAUGCCGUACGAUCUGUGCGACGAUGAGAAUACCUUGGACUACAUAGAGGCUGAGAUGUCGAAGCGCGGCGUGACGCAGGAGCUGAUCGACGAAACGCGCUCAUCGACGGAGCGUCAAAUGCUGAAGGAUCUGAUGGAGGUGGCGCGCACGGGCGGCGAUCUUGAGGAGCCGGACUACCAGGGUGCUACGCCGUUACACAUAGCUGCGGCAAAUGGCUAUGUGCGCGUGGUGGAGUUCCUGCUGGAGAUGCAUGUCAAUGUGGACGCGGUGGAUAAAGAUAUGUGGUCGCCGGUGCAUGCGGCCGCAUGUUGGGGUCAUUUGGAGGUGCUAGAAAUGCUUGCGCAAUGUGGUGCCGAUCUGAAUGCCAAAAAUAAGGAUGACGAAACGCCUUCAGAUAUUUGCGAGGAUCCUGAGAUACGCGAACGCAUCGAACAGCUGAAAACCGAGCAAGAGAGUAAACGUCUGGCAGAGGCGCAACGGCGACGUGUACGACGCUCACAAAGCAAUAACACACGCGCCCAAUCUGUGCGCCGCACCUCCCUGCGCGACAAGACGCUAACAACCAAAAAGGACGCCGUCGAAGAGGCGCGUCUGCGUUUACAAGCACAAGAAGUCUUCAUUGCACCGGACGGCACAACGCACGCCGAUACAAAUGGUCUCAGCAGCAGCAGCAGCAACAACACUACCAAUAAUCAUCAUUCCACGUUGGCGCUAUUGGAUGGCGUCAAUGACACGACAGCCGCCACAACACUUGCCUCCACGCACGACUACAAUUGGCUCACGAAAGCGCCAACAAAUAACAAUAACAACGCCAACAACAAUAAUAAUAAUAACAAUACGAUUAGUAGUAAUAAUAACAACGAUAAGAAAGUGGCAGCAUAUACAGCUAGUCUGGCAACGGCGGCGUCGGCAACCACAACGACAACAACAAACGGUAGUGUUAACACGUAUUUGCCGCAUUCGCUGUCCGCCAUGGAUGUGAUGGAUGCCUCGUCGCAUGCAUUUAAUUCACGUCGACCGCCGGAGGGUCGUGAAAAUGACGAAUUACAGUUGAACGCCUACAAAGCCGGUGGCGGCGAACAUCAUCGUUCGACAUCGGCGUCAGCAAUGAUUGUUAGCGAUCGUAAUAACAUGGCAGCGGCGGCCGCAUCGACGGUCGGCCCGGAUGCGGUGCACAUACAGUCCAGCAAGGAGGCGGCGAAUGGCAAGAUAAAUGUGCAAGUGACAGUGCUCGUGGACACUACCAAUACGCAUCAUCAUCAACAGCAGCAACAACAACAGUUGCAGCAAAGCAUGCUUAUGCCAGCGCAUACACUCUCCAUGGAGAGUCUGAACUCUUCGGCAGCCACACUGGCCAAUUUGAAGAAGCAACGUUCGCUUUCGCGCACAAAUAACGGUAUAUUGAUAAGUGAAAAUGGUUCUGUUCUAGGAGCCGCCAACAACACCAGCAACACGAUCAACAAUCAUCUGCACACCGGCAGCGCCAACAACAACAAUUCAAUACUUGCGAAUGACACGAGCAGCGUUGCGGUGAAUCAGCAACCGCUGAGCGGCGGUCUACAUCCCAGUCACUUGGAGUUUAACAACGGUGCGGGCGGUGGUGGUGGUGGUGGUAGUAUAACGAGCGGUGGCGAGCAGUCGACCGGCUACUCGAACGCCUCGUCGAUGAACAAGUUUAGCGGCAUAACGGGUGAUGUAGUUAGUGAUAGCACGAGUUCCAAAAAAUGCUGUACGCUAAUGUGAACGCAAGUGUGCAACAAGUGGUCGGUUGGUGCGGCGGGGUUGAUGUAGCAGCGUUACAGUAUUCGCAGUUGGCAUUUUCAAUUUGAUGAAUGUUGCUAACCAGCGCAUAUUUAACAUGCGUAGAUGCUAUAUGUAUUAUUUAUAUAUACAUAUAUAUAGCAUAUAAAUAUGUAUGCAUUCGUGCAGCUGGUGCGGCAUUUGUUGCAAAAAUUUAACAGGGUAUCAAGUAUAUGUUUGUAUGUAGCGGGUAUGCCAGUGUAUUUUUUGACAAAUUGUUGCACUACAAACACACACACAUACUAUGUACAUCACAGAAUAUGCAGAAAGUACACUUUAUAUAUUUCGUUGUAAACUCUAUUCACCAAACACACCACUUAUGUUUUUUUUUUUGUUGAAAAGCUGUGUGCAUAACUUUGGUGCACUAAUACAAGGGUAGGCUACAGUCCGCAGUUGUGGGGUUGUUGGUGCGUGGAAAAACAAUUUUUUCUUGAUGAGAAUAUAAAAAAUAUAGUAAAAUAUUUUGUUAAGCUAAUUAUUGGGAGUGACGAACUUUUAAUUAUUUUUCAAAAUUAUUUAAUUUGAAAUUUUUUUCAAAAUUUUUUUCAAUUAAAAUUUUUUUCAAAAUUUUUUCAGUUGAAAUUUUUUCAAUUCAAUUUUUUUCAAUUCAAAUUUUUUUCGAAAUUUUUUCAAUUCAAAUUUUUUCUCGAUAAGAAUAUAAAAAAUGUUGUCAAAAUUAAUUAAUUAUUGGGAAUGGUGAACUUUUAAUUAAUUUGAAUUUUUCAAAAUGUUUUUAAUUUCAAAUUUUUUUCAAAAUUUUUUCAAUUCAAAUUUUUUUCGAAAUUUCUUCAACUACAAUUUUAAUUUUUCAAAAUUUUUUCAUUUCAAAAUUUUUUCGAAAUUUUUUCAAUUGAAAUUUUUUUCGAAAUUUCUUCAAUUGCAAUAUUGGCGCGCAAGAAAAUACUAACUCAAGAACUACUGAGUUAGUAUUUUUUAAGACUGCAUUCUUUGUUUUUGAAAUGAUUUAAAAAAUUAAAUAUUUGAAAACAUUUCGAACUUUUUAAAAAUAAAUGCGUAAAUGUUAUGAAUAUUUUUAUCAUUAUUGUAUAUUUUUCUUUAAAUUUUCAAAUUAAAAAUUUAGUAAUUUAGCGUUCCUGUGGCGACUUUUUAGUUGACUUAAAGCUAAAAAGACCACAUAAUAAUAAUAAGAAAUAAAUAAAAAUCGAGGUAACUACAAACUAAUUUUGAAAAAUAAAAUUUUCGAAUUCGAAUUUUCGGACUUUAUGUACAAGUGUUCCUUUAGCAGCUUCUUUGUAGACUUAAAAUUAAAAAGACCAGAUAAUAAUAAUAAAAAAAUAUUUUUUUCGAAUUCGAAUUUUCGAACUUUAUGAAAAUUAAUUUGUAUCUUAUUUUCUUUUUAUUAUACUGCAAAACGAUUUUAAUUUUGUAAUUAAAGAAAAUGCACAUAACUUUUGUAAUUUUUUUUAAGCCAAGCUAACUUUCGAACUUACUGAAAAUUAAUUUGUAUGUACAUAUACUUUUUUCUAUAAUCUUCGAAUUUUAUAAAAAGGUACAAAAUUUUGUAAUUUUUGUAAACUCAAGUUCAAAAAAAAUAAUUUUGAGAGCACAAAUUUUCGAACUUUAAGAAAAUGUAAAUGUAUUAUUUUCUUUUUCUUCUAUAAUUUUUGUAAUUAAUUUUGAAAACUUAAAUUUUCGAGUAAAAAUGUUUACAUAAUGUUUGUAUUUUUUUCCAACUCCAACUAAUUACAAAUUACUGCAGGCUAGUUUAAAAUUUAAAUUUAACCACAAAUUGAUUUCGAAAAUGAAUUUUAAAACUUAAAAAAAAUUCGCUUUCUUCAGGAAACUGUAGAAAAAGCCUAUGUGACAGGUUGCAAUUCGCCUAAGAAGUUAGAAAAUGGUUUGUUAUCUCAAAUUAAUUUGAAAAAUUUAAGUUAUAAAAAAAAUAUAAAAUUAAUUUUUCAAACCAUUUCUUCAAAAAAACAUUUUACAAAAAUUUCUGAUACAACUCUAAAACAUUAAAAACAAAAUUAUUUUCUUAAAUAAAUUUUAUUAAAUUAUUUUAUAAAAUUAUAAAAAAAUAUAAAAUUAAUUUUGCAAAAACAAUUCUAAAAAAAUUCUGAAACGAAUCAAAAACAUUAAAAAUUAAAUAAUUUUCAUCAUUCCCAAAAAUAACCACCAACAAACUGCAACUGUUCAGCCGCAAAAAAAUGUAUAGCGUGCUUUUAGGCGCUGCUCGAAAAAAACUCAAAGCCACUAACUAAUCAUACCAAUGCAUCACAAAAACUAGUUAAAAAUUGUAUAACUAUAGUUAAACACAUUGUAAAAUAUAUAAAAAAUAUAUUAUUUAUUAUAAUAAAAACAAAUUAUACAUAGAAGGGCAUUUGAAUCAAAACAAAAAACUCAAAGUAAACCAUACGGCAUAUAUGUAUGUAUGCGAGCAUAUAUAUGUCGUAAAGUAGUUAAUGAAGUCAACAAAAAGUUGUUAGCAAAAAAUUAUAAACUUCACAUGUAUUUACUAGUAUUGUAUACAAAAAUUGCUGAGCUGUCUUUUAUUAUAAAAAAGUGAUACAAAUUAAGCAAAAAUAUUAUUUAAAAAAAAUUAAGCAACAUUAAAGAAAACAAUAAUAAAAUAAAUUAAA